AUGAUUCUGGAAGAGAAAGAUUCAUCCGAUUGGAUUUACAGAGGCGAAGGAGGUGCCAAUCUCGUCCUUGCUUACGCUGGAUCAUCUCCUCUUUUCGUGGGGAAGGUCAUACGUAUACAGAAGGCUCGAAAGAACGAUAAAGCAAACAAGAUUGUGAAUGGCGUUGUUUCUGUUUUAACGAGCGAUGAGCAGCUUCUGUGGAAGGAGAACAGUGAGCUGAUUUCAUCUUCAAACAAGGAGGUUCUUGAACAAAGUUAUGUUAAGAAUGUGAUCAUCCCACUCUUGGGUCCUAAACAUGUCCAUGCAGGAGUACGUGUUUCUGUGUCUAAGGAGUUUCUUGAAUCUGUUGACAAGAAAGUGACUAAGCAGCGUCCGCCAUGGCGUGUUAAUGCAGCAAAUGUUGAUACCAGGAUUUCUAAUGGUGGUGACUGCUUUAGUGUUGAAAUAAAGCCCAAAUGCGGAUUUCUUCCAACCUCACAGUUCAUAAGUGAAGAAAACAUGCUCAAAAGAAGCGUAAGCCGUUUCAGAAUGCACCAAAUCAUGAAGUUGGAGUAUAACGAGAUAACUGAAGUAAGCGGAUAUGAUCCUCUUGAUCUGUUCUCUGGAUCCAAAAGUAGAGUUUCAGAAGCUAUAAAAGCCUUAUAUUCAAUCCCACAGAACAAUUUCCGCGUGUUCUUGAAUGGAUCUCUCAUAUUAGGAGGUUCCGGGGAAAGCACCGGGAGAACCAGCCCUGAAACUGCGUACGCCCUUGAGGAUUCACUCAAAGGCUUCGUUAGAUCAAACGAUGGUCUUAGGACAGAAUGCUUUCUACAGCUAGUUUCUGAUGCUGUCUACGACUCAGGAGUUCUUGAUAGUCUUCUUGAAGUUCAGAAGCUAGAUAAAUUAGACAUUGAAGGAGCGAUUCAUUGUUACUACGAUGUAAUUAACCAUCCUUGUCCUAUAUGUAAAGAAAGUGGACCUUUGAAGGAGGAGUACUCGUCUCUACAUGCUUUACCUUUAGAGGAAAGCUUAAAGAUCGUGAAGGAGUAUAUGAUAGCUGCAACUGCUAAAGACUGUAGUCUUAUGAUCAGUUUUCGAUUGAAGAAUGCUUCUUGGGAUUCAAGACCUUCUUGUGAUGCUCUCUGUCUAAAAUCGACCAAUCAAACGUUUGAUUACAAGGUACACUUCAUUGAUCUAAGCCUGAAACCACUAAAGAGAAUGGAGGCAUACUACAAACUUGAUAAGAAGAUAAUUAGCUUCUACACUCGGAAGCAGCAGAAGGUUGAGGAACAAGUCGGCGAUACAAAACCUUAUGAUAGCUAA